AUGCUAAAACCAAAAGCGUUAACGCAAGUCUUAAGUCAAGCAAAUACAGGAGGAGUAGAAAACACACUAUUGUUAAAUCAUCAGGGUGCUUUGUUGGCGUAUUCCGGGUACAAUGAUAAAGACGCCAGGGUAACAGCUGCAAUAGCAAGCAAUGUUUGGUCUGCUUACGAAAAACAAGGCAGAAAUGUUUUUAAGGAAGACAAACUGCAUCUUAUUUUAGUGGAUUGUUUAAAUGGUAAAAUAGCUGUUACACAAGUGGCAAAUUUAUUGUUAUGCUUGUAUGCUAAAGAAACUGUAGGUUUUGGCAUAUUGAAGGAAAAAAUAAAUGCAAUUGCACAAUAUUUGGAAGGACCAUUAAAACAAGUUGCUAGUUCAUAA